AUGGCUGACAAGUAUAACUUUUCUUUUAUGCAUGGUGAUUCACUGGUUAAAGACUGCGAGCUGAGACUGCUUUCACUUGCGGCAGAGAGUCGUUUGGCUAUCGUCAAGAGAGUCGUUUGGCUAUCGUCAAGAGAGUCGUUUGGCUAUCGUCAAGAGAGUCGUUUGGCUAUCGUCAAGAGAGUCGUUUGGCUAUCGUCAAGAGAGUCGUUUGGCUAUCGUCAAGAGAGUCGUUUGGCUAUCGUCAAGAGAGUCGUUUGGCUAUCGUCAAGAGAGUCGUUUGGCUAUCGUCAAGAGAGUCGUUUGGCUAUCGUCAAGAGAGUCGUUUGGCUAUCGUCAAGAGAGUCGUUUGGCUAUCGUCAAGAGAGUCGUUUGGCUAUCGUCAAGAGAGUCGUUUGGCUAUCGUCAAGAGAGUCGUUUGGCUAUCGUCAAGAGAGUCGUUUGGCUAUCGUCAAGAGAGUCGGCAUGCCGCGACCGAAGAAGAGGGCAACGAUAGCCAAACGGCUUUAUGCUCAGAGACGUGCAAAUACAGAGGUUACGCUGAAUCCUCUUAAAAAAAAUGAGGCAUUGCUGUCACCAAAAGCUGGCAGCAUUGAAAACCCUUGCAAACUGGCAUCAGUAAAUGCAUCAGAAAACAUUGCAAACUCGCAUCUGUCAAAUACGCAAACCCUUUCAAAUCCUUGCAAACCCUUGCAAACCCUUGAAAACCCUUGCAAACCCUUGAAACCCAUUGAAAACCCUUGCAAACCCUUGAAAACCCUUGAAAACUCUUGCAAACCCUUGCAAACUCUUGCAAACUCUUGCAAACCCUUGAAAACCCUUGAAAACCCUUGCAAACUCGUAUCAGUAAACCUUGCAAACUUGCAUCUGUCAAAUGCGCAAACCCUUGCAAACCCUUGCAAACCCUUGAAAACCCUUGAAAACUUUCCACAGAAAUCAGUGCAGAAAGGUUCUCUCGGUCAAGCAGUUGGCAGCAGUUUUCCACGACCUUCUGGUAAAGCCCUUUACAGUGAAGUUGUAAAACGCUCUUCCAAGGUAUGUGAAUCGGUCAAGACUGAGGUAAGGACAUAUGAUUUUCAAGUAGACUCAGGCAAGGUCAGUCGACCCCAGAUGAGGUACCCAAUGAAAAGCAAAUCAAAACCCAUGCAAUCUGAACAAAACAUUCCUGCAAGUUCCCAUGAAAGUGCUUUGGGUGUUUGUUCUGAUUUUCCACAGAAACCCAUGCUAAAAGGAUCUUUUGAUCAAGCUGAUGCCCGCUUUGGAAAUUCACGCAACAGGCAGUGUGGAGCCAUCAGUUUGACGGCGGUGUUGAAAAGCAAGCUGAAGAAUGUGCUGAUGUGGUCAACACCAGAUCUGGACGGUGUCUUGGUUGCAGGAACACGCCUCUAUGAGUAUCUGAAAAAACAUGGUAACAUAAAAGACAGACAAGUCAAGGGUAGGAAUUACAUUGCAGUCCAUGAAUUACCGAGGAGACACAUGUUGGGUAAUACUACAUUUUCCAUUGAGUACACUCAUUCUCUGACUGGUUUUGUUAAUGUCAAUGAGUACCACGAGUAUGACCAAGCCAUAAGCAGUGUAGCCAUGCCACUUGAUGUAGCCCUUCAGCAAACUCUACUUAGUGCUGAUGCUUUCUUGUUAACCAUUUGUGCCAACACAUCUGCAGUUAUUAAGCAGGGGUCAUGGUAUGCAGUCGUUGACUCUCAUGCCAUCAGGACAGACACAAGUUGUGUAGUCUAUCACAGUACCAUAGAGUCUCUGUACAACUAUAUUAAUGAGAUGGCACAGUUGUUUGGGGAACCUGAGCCACCAUUUGAGAUAACUGGAGUUUUGGUUCAUGCAGAUGCAGAAGUGUCUGAUCCGCUUCAAGAAGCAGGCAGCAGCAGUUUCCCAUGCUCUUCCGGUAAAACCCUCUUAAAACGCACAACAAAGGUACGUGAAUCUGUGAAGACUGAGCCAAAGACCCCUGAUUAUUCAGUACCGGUGGAUGAACUUGCAGACGUGAGAAACCCUAACCUUCCAACGCAGACAGCCUCUAAUGUGUUGCCAAGUAAAGGUAAAAGAUUGAGGAAAGAAAAGCACCUUGAGCUGUCAGGUAAACGGGUUACAAAAUCACACGUUGAAACCGUUGUAACCGAUGACUUGAUGAUCACUGAUGUUUCAGUUCCAGAUGUCUUUUUUUCUCCCUUAACACAUAAUGAUAAGCAAGCUUUAUGUGAGCUCAUACAAAUGUCCAAUGAUAACAGUGACCAUAAUGUCAUAAACUUUGGUCCUAUAUCAGCUCCGUGUCAGACAAAGACCAUUAAACCAGACGGCAACUGUUUUUUCAGAUCAUUGGCACAUGUGAUAUGUGGAAGUGAGGAGAAACACUUGAAGGUUCGCCGUGCAGUUGUGAAACAUUUCAAGAUGAAUACUCCGCUGUUUGAGCGGUACGUGAGAAGUGAGUAUUCUUCAGCAGAGGAUUAUCUGACACGAUCUAGAAUGUUUUAUUCUGGUUCAUGGGUAACAGAAAUUGACAUAUUUGUUGCGGCCGAUCUUUUUAAAACCACAAUAAUGACUUUUAAUGACGGCCGAUGGAAUGCGUACAAACCUAAUGGAGAGGUAUUCACUCAGAAUGCAAUUUAUCUGAAACACUGUAACCGUAAUCAUUAUGAAGUUGUGACGUGUGUUAAGCACAGGGAUCGAGAUUCUGUUUGUGCAGGAGCAUGUGGAAAUGUGGUCUCAAAUGAGGUCAGCAAACCAUGUCUGCGUAAGAGAAAGGUAAGCGAUGCUGCAGAAUGUUGUCCUACCAAAAGGCAUCGAGAGAGAUAUCACAACGACAGUGAGUACAGACAAAAACAAUUGACGUACAAAAAGUCAAAGUAUGGUAAUGACCCGGAAUACAGACAGAACAAAAUUGAGCAUGCCAAAGCUAAAUAUUGUGAUGACACAGUUUACAGGGGGAAAAAAAUUGAAUAUGCCAAAACAAAAUAUUCUGAUGACACCGUUUACAGGGGGAAAAAAAUUGAAUAUGCCAAAACAAAAUAUUCUGAUGACACCGUUUACAGGGGAAAAAAAAUUGAAUAUGCCAAAACAAAAUAUUCUGAUGACACCGUUUACAGGGGGAAAAAAAUUGAAUAUGCCAAAACAAAAUAUUCUGAUGACACCGUUUACAGGGGAAAAAAAUUGAAUAUGCCAAAACAAAAUAUUCUGAUGACACAGUUUACAGGGGGAAAAAAAUUGAAUAUGCCAAAACAAAAUAUUCUGAAGACCCAGUUUACAGGGGGAAAAAAAUUGAAUCUGAGAAAACAAAAUACAGUAGAGAUAGAUAUUACCAAGAGAGAAAAAAGGGAACUCUUCGUGACAAAUAUCUAAAAAAUGUUGAUGUUCGAUUAUCAAAGUGUGAACGUUCUAAGGCCAAGUACUUGAGCAAUAUUCAGUUCCAAAAACGUGUUUGCCAGUAUUCUCGAUUGAAAUAUAAAUAUAAUGUUUCUUUUCAGGCAAAUGUAUGCGAGUAUUCAAAGAAAAAAUAUCUGCAAAACCUGGC